AUGACUAAAAAUUUCAAAAACAUUAAAAGGGUUUUCAUCGCCAAUAGGGGUGAGAUUGCAUGUCGGAUCAUUAGGAGUUGCAAGCAGCAUGGCCUCACCUCAAUUGUUGUUUUCACCAAGGAAGAUACGGAAUCUUUGCACGUCCUUCAAGCAGACAUUAGUAUUCCUUUGUCUGGAACUGGUGCUUCAGCCUACACUAACAUCGAUGAACUUGUUAAAAUUGCUAAAGAGGAAAGGGCUGAUGUUGUGAUUCCUGGUUACGGAUUUCUAAGUGAAAAUCAAAAGUUCACUGCGAGGCUUUUCAAGGAGGGGAUUGCUUUUGCAGGACCAGACUCGAAUUCCAUUGAACAGUUCGGUUUAAAGCAUUUGGCGAGAAAAAUAGCUGUUAAGUGUCAUGUUCCAGUCAUUCCUGGUACUGAACUUAUCAGGGACGAAAAUGAAGCAAUCAAAGCUUGUGACGAAAUUGGCUAUCCAGUCAUUUUGAAGGCUACUGCGGGAGGUGGAGGAAUUGGUAUGAUGAUUUGCACUUCUGAAGAUGAGGUUAAGAAGAAUUUUACUCUUGUUAAAUCGCGUGGAUCAUCAGUGUUCAAAAAUGAAGGUGUUUUUAUUGAAAAGUACUUUACCAGUGGAAGACAUAUCGAAGUUCAGAUAUUUGGAAAUGGGCUGGGUGAUGUUGUUACUUAUGGUGAACGUGAGUGCUCAAUUCAACGCCGUCAUCAGAAAGUUAUUGAAGAAACACCAAGUCCCUUCGUUGAAAAUUCCGGGAUGAUGUAUGAUUUAAGAAGAAAAUUAACGUCCUGCGCACGCAACCUUGCCGAAGAAGUCAACUAUAAGUCUGCAGGAACCAUUGAAUUCUUGGUUGAUGAUGAAACAGGUGAUUUCUUUUUUCUAGAAAUGAACACUAGACUUCAGGUUGAGCAUGGAAUUACUGAACUGGUUUACAAUGUGGACCUUGUUUUUUUCAUGCUACUUCAAGCAGAUUACGAAAUUUCUGGAUCCGGAAUUCCUGUUCAUAUUUUAAAAAAGGAUUUGAAUUAUGAAAAUUCCGUUGAAGUUCCACAUGGACAUGCCAUUGAAGUCAGAGUAUAUGCUGAAAACCCUGUUAGGAAUUUUGCUCCAUGUCCAGGAAUUCUUCAUAAUGUUUCGAUUCCCCCAAAUGGAAGAUGUGGUGAAUACAUUGUUAGAGUUGAUCAUUGGAUAUCUACUGGUGGAAAGGUUUCUCCAUAUUUUGAUCCCCUGCUUGCCAAAAUUAUGGUGUGGUCGCCCAAAAGAACAUCUCAAAAUAUUGUGAAGACACUCCGUCAGAUCAAAAUACAGGGUCCUGUUAAUAAUAUUGAAUAUUGUAUUGACAUUUUGAAAAGCCCUGAGUUCAGCCAAGGCAAGACAUUGACCACAUUUCUUGAUUCUUUUAAAUUUAGGCCACACCUCAUUGAAUUUAUUGACAGUGGAGAUUACACCACAGUUCAAGACUUACCAGGCAGAAACAACAUUAGGCAUGGUGUUCCAAGAAGUGGCCCAGUUGACAAUAUUUCAUUACAACUUGCAAAUAUAGCUGUUGGUAAUACUAAGGAUAUGGAGUGUCUUGAGUGUACUGUUAGGGGUCCAGUUCUUAAAUUUCAUUCAGCAGCUAUCAUCUCAUUGGCCGGAGGCGCUUUUAACUCAACCUUAAAUCAAACCGCGAAAGUACCAUUUUUUACGGAACUCUAUAUUCCUGCAGGUUCUGUACUAGAUAUUGGAAAGGCUGAAGGUACUUCGGUGAAAUGUUAUCUUGCUGUGAAGGGGGGAUUUCCUGGAGUUGCGUUAUGGCUUGAUUCUAAAAGUUGCACGCCUAGUCUUAAGUUGGGUGGACAUCAGGGCAGAACCUUUCUUCCUGGUGAUUGCUUAGAAAUUGUUGGUUCUUCAAAUGAAUAUUCUACUUUUGGCAUGGGUUACAAAAUUCCAAGUACUCUAAUUCCUAACUUUGAGCGGUUCUCGAAUGUUAUUCGCAUGAUUGGCGGUCCCCAUGACACUUCAGAAAUUGCUUCAGAAAAGGGACUAAAAGAAUUAUACUCCAGUUCUUAUAAAAUCAACUUUAAUUCAAAUCGUGGUGCAAUAAGACUAGAUGGCCCAGCUUUUAAGUUUAGUAGAAAACAUGGUGGCGAUGGUGGUGGGCAUCCAAGCAAUAUUCUCGAAUAUGCAUAUCCUUCAGGCGGAUUAAGUAGUGUUGGUUCAACUAUGGUCCUUUUUGGUGUUGAUGGUGGCACACUUUCUGGUUUUACCUGCUUAGCGGUUCCUACGGAAGUUGACUUUUGGAAAUUUGGUCAGGCUGCAAUUGGUUCGGAAAUUCAAUUCAAGUUAAUCGAUUACUGGGAUGCAAUAAAACUUGAAAGGCAAAGGCAAGAAUAUAUUGAUGUACUUUCGGCAAGGCCUAUGAAAACGAAUUACAAAUUUUGCGAUGAACUUACAAGCUACACGCCAGUGACUUCUGUUUUUGGCCAUUUACUUCAUAAACGGGCUGAAAAUCUGAAGGGGUUACCUGCGGUGUCUUUUAGACAAGCUGGCGAAGGGAUGAUUCUUAUUGAUUUCAGUACUGAUAAAUACUCUUUAUUCAACAAUGGAAGGCAGUAUAUUCUUGAUAACUUAAUCAAAAUGAAAUUGGGCUCCGAUAUUUUAGCCACAGAAUGUGAUACCGGUGGCUAUUCAGUUUGCUUUGAUCCACUCUUGGUUAAUCGUGAUGAACUUCUCAAAAAAAUAAUUGCUCUUGAAGAUUCAAUUCCGCCGGUCGAAAAUCUCAAAAUACCUUCUCGAAUUUUUCGUUUGCCAAUUUGUUUUGAGCAUGAUGCGUUGAAGAAUUGUAUCGAUAGGUAUAUUCAUGCACAAAGAUCUCAUGCUUCAUACUUACCAAGUAAUGUGGAAUAUUUGAUGAAGGCCAACUGUAUUGAAACAGUGGAAGAUUUCAAAAAGUGUAUUAUUGAAAAGCCUGAAGUUACUGUUGCUGUUUCUUUCUUCUGUGGUAAUCCUUUGCUGGUUUUUACCGACCCAAGAUGUCGAUUUAUGACUUCCAAAUACAAUCCUUCUAGAACUGAGACACCAGCUGGUGCAAUCGGAUCCGGUUCUGUUUGUCAGUCUAUUUACUCUGUUGACUCUCCAGGAGGAUACAUGAUUUGGGGAGUCACUUUACCAAGCUGGUAUUGGGACACAUUUUGUCGAAUUCAUCGGAAUCCUUGGCCAUUAAAUGUUUUUGAUCAGAUUGUAUAUUAUGAGGUUGAUGAAACUGAAUUGGAUGAACUUAAUACCAAAUGGAUUACAGGUAAAGUCACAUUUAAGCCAGAGAAGACUGAAUUUGAUUUUGUGGAAUAUUCAAAAUUUUUGGACUCCAUUAAAGAUCAAAUGGCCAUUUUAUCCAAGAAGAAGUCGCUAGCUUUUGAUAGUAUCGUGAAGGCUGAGCAGAUUGAUUUUGCUAUGUGGAAUAAGGAGAAGCAAGCAACAAAAGCUGCAAGAAUGUCGGCUGAAAAGCUUUUGAGUGGCCCAGAUAUUAUCAAAAUUAUUUCCACCAUGCCUGCAAGCAUUUUCAAAGUGAAUUGUCAAAAAGGAUUUGUUACAACCAGGAAAGAGCCUGUAGUCAUUUUGGAAUCAAUGAAAAUGGAAGUUCCUCUCAGAAUAAAUGAUUCUGAAGGUACCGAAACUACUGAGUAUAGAGUUCUUGAGUUAUUAGUCGAUGAAGGUGAUAUUGUUAAUCCUGGAGAAGCUUUAGUGGUGCUCCAAAGGUUACAUGUUGAGAAAAAAUAG